GCUUCUAAAUCUGUCUGGCGACCAUAAGGCUGUAACUCAGCCCUAGCAGCCUUAGCAGAGUGGUGUAGAAUCUCCAGUCCCCGCGAGAAGCAGAGCAGAGUGGAGUAGAGUAGCCUCCAACGAGACCUCUUGGAUAACGGAGUGUGCGUAGUGUCCAGGAAAUACCUCACGACUUGGGCAGGGACAUGUUAUUGGAAAAGCUGACAAGGGGGCUGCCUGGAGUCUGUCAUGCAGCUUUUUAAGAGGAGCUCAAUCUCCUUUUAUCUGCCUGACACACCCUGAUUUAGUGAGAGAUCACUGAGAGCCCUGAGUGAGAGACAGAGGGAUAGGAGAAGGAGAGCAAGACAGGGGGAGAGAUGACCCAAGAACAGUGCACUCAUAGGAACAAUGUCCAGAGCUCAGAGAAACCACAUGUGUACAAAGUGGGGAUUUAUGGCUGGCGGAAACGUUGCCUUUACUUCUUCGUGCUCCUGUUAAUGAUCCUGAUCCUGGUCAACCUUGCUUUAACCAUCUGGAUACUAAAGGUCAUGAACUUCACCAUUGAUGGUAUGGGCAACUUAAGAAUAACGGAGAAGGGCCUGAAAUUGGAGGGGGACUCUGAGUUUCUUCAACCUCUGUAUGCUAAAGAAAUUCAGUCCAGACCAGGCAGCCCACUGUUACUGCAAUCCUCCAAAAAUGUGUCCAUCAAUAUCCUCAAUGGGAAGAAUCAGCUGGUCACACAACUUAUUGCAGGAUCCAGUGGAGUGCAUGCACGAGGGAAGAUGUUGGAAGUGAAAUCUAGCACAGGGAAGCUGCUGUUCUCUGCUGAUGAUCAGGAGGUGGUGGUGGGAGCAGAGAGGCUACGGGUGACAGGUGCCGAGGGAGCCGUGUUCAGCAAAUCUGUGGAGACGCCACACGUCAGGGCCGAGCCCUUCAAAGAGCUACGACUGGAGUCUCCCACGCGGUCUCUGUACAUGGAGGCCCCUAAAGGAAUCCAGAUCCUGGCAGAGGCAGGGGACAUCCAGGCCACGUGUAGAAGUGACCUACGCCUGGAGUCCAAAGACGGAGAGAUCAAUCUGGACGCACGGAGGAUCAGGCUGCUGCGUCUGCCGGAGGGCAAGGCCUCUCCAUCGGGGACCACCUCCAGACAGACUGUCUAUGAGGUGUGCGUCUGUCCCAAUGGGAAACUCUUCCUCUCACAGGCCGGAACAGGCUCCACCUGCCAGAUCAGCAACAACGUCUGCCUCUAGAACACAUACACACAAAAAUAUCUACACACACACGCACACACACAAGCACUGAAACAUACACACACAUACAUGUAUACUGAAA